GGAAUGGAGGAGGAGACUGAAGAUCCUGUUAACACCAGAGAGAGACAUGACUAUCAUGGAUCCUCUGGAGAGCCUCAACAACAUCCUGAUGAUGACGAGGCAGAGAAGAGUCUCUCCAGAUCAGAACACCAGAUGGACAACGCUAGCCCUUCCGCCCUCCCAGAGUCCCCGUGUCGUACCUCUCCCAGUAGCACCUUACUGCUGGGUCUGAAGAGGUUGUCUGUGUGGCUGGUGGACUGCAGGAAAACAACGGGGCUGAGUGGAACUGUGAGAGGAGAAGAGAAGAAAGGAGCGGAUCUGACUCAAAGCAAUGAGCAUCCCUCACCUCCCCAAGAUGCUGGUGCUGCUGCCAAUGUUGUUGAAGUUGAGGAGGAUGGCCCCCGCGGCUGGAGAUCCUGUCACUUCAAACCAUCAGAGAGACACUUCAAUGACACCCUUUCUGGCGUACAAAGCACCCUGCCCACCCCCUCAGAGGCAGAGUGUUUUAAACUGUUCCUUGAUAAGGAAUUGGUGGAGAGUGUGGUGCAGGAAACCAACAGGUAUUCUCAUGAACUGAAAGAGAAGACUGCCCCUGGUGUAAAAGGGAAGCUCUCAAAAUGGGUGAACACUACCAUCAAUGAAAUGUAUACCUUCCUGGUCACGGUGCUGCUGAUGGGUCUAGUGAAGAAGGGCUGUAUGAGGGACUACUGGACCACAGACCCCAUGCUGCAGACCCCUUUUUUCCAAACCCUUUUCUCCCAGGACCGCUUCCUUGUCUUGCUCAGAGCGCUCCACUUUGUGAACAACGCCACUGCCAACCUCGCCGACCCCCUUCACAAAAUUAGGAAUGUCCUGAGCAGCUUGACCAGGGCAUUUGGAAGAGUGUUUGUGCCUCACAAGGACUUGUGCAUUGAUGAGUUUCUCGUGGCUUGGAAAGGGAGGCUUGCAUUCCGCCGACACGUCCCAUCAAAGCGCCACAGAUUUGGAGUCAAGUUUUUUGUUUUAUGUGACUGUCUGACAGGAUAUGUACAGGACCUGAUCAUCUACACCGGCACCACCACAGAUAUAAAGCAUGUUGAGGGUCUUGGCAUAUCUGGAUCAGUGGUGAUCACCAUGCUGCAGCCUCACCUCAGAAAGGGGCACGCUGUGUUUGUGGACAGCCGGUACAGUAGCCCAGCCCUUUUCCAGUACCUUCUGAGGGAGAAGACAGGGGCCUGUGGCCCAGUGAGAUCCAACAGGAAGGGGAUGCCGAUAUUCCAAAAGAAAUUGAGCAAGGGGGAGGCGGAGUUCCAAACCAACGGGGAGAUAAUGGCGGUAAAAUGGCACGGCAAACGUCAUGUCCAUGUUCUGUCCACUGUGCACGCCUCCAAAAUGGCGGACACAGGAACACUGGACUAUGUCACCGGAGAGAGGAAGAUGAUGCCAGACUGUGUCUUAGAGUACAACAAGAAGAUUGGAGCAGUUGACAAAGUGGACAUGCGGAACAGUUUUGUUGAGUGUGCCAGAAAGUCCCUCAAAUGGUACAAGAAGCAAUUUUUCCAGCUAAUAGACAUAGCUCUCCUCAACGGUCACAUUGUCCACCGGCAGGUCACUGGACAGGUGAUCUCGUACCAGCAGUACAGGGUAAACCUGAUUCGGCAGAUCCUCGAGGACCACCACACUCCUCGUCGUCCGUGUACUGGGGGCCGGCCUGCCUCUGACAAUCCUCUACGCCUCACUGGACGCCACUUCCCAAGCGAUGUCCCUCGGACCACCCAGCAAGGGAAAAGCACGAGGAGGCAUUGCAAGGUCUGUCAAACAUCUACCCGGCGACAGAAACGAAGGAAGAUGACCAAGUACAUGUGUGAGCCUUGUAACACAGCCUUGUGUGCAGUUCCUUGCUUUGGCGAGUACCACACCCUCAAGCACUACUAAGUGGUAUUAGGGAAAGGGGGAUACCUAGUAAGUUGUACAACUGAAUGCAUUCAACUGAAAUGUGUCUUCCGCAUUUAACCCAACCUCUCUGAAUCAGAGACGUGCGGAGGGCUGCCUUAAUCAACAUUCACAGAUUAUGCUGAAAUUGUGAAAUGUAUGACUUGUUUGA